UCUAUCUACCGGUCUCCACUGUUGACCACAGUGGUGGUAGGUUGAUCCUCCGUAUAAAAUUCCCUAGACCCCAGGAAGCCUACCAGGAUGCGCAUGUGGGUCACUUUCUAGUCAUCUCAGACCCUCUCCCUCUCAACACUCAAGGGGGGUUUCAGGGUCCUGCUACAGGAAAUCAGCCAACACAGCCAGUCAAUUUAACAAGGGAGCAAGCUGAUACUGUUGUACAGGCAGCAAAGACUGGAGUAUGCACCUUGGUCAAGAAGCAAUAUGGGUUGUCCAAGUUGACCGAGACACUUCAGAUCGCCAACAUCUUGCUUGGUCUUGGAGAACAUGUGAACCUGCAGAACACAGUGGGCCCCCAGCAGGGAGCUGGGAGUGGGCACCAAAGAAUGCACCAGGACCACACCCAUUGUAAAGUCAAUUCAAUCAGUGGCCAUGGGGACAGCUGUGAGAGCAGAGGUCGCAGAAAGAAGCAGACCAACCCCCGACACAUUGUGCCCGGUAAAGUGCAAGACAAGAACAUCAAGGUACAUAUCCUACAGACUGGACACCACAACAUCUCCGGUUCAGGGCUCGACAAUACACAGCAGGGUGCCACCGGUGGUUAUGUAGUCAGUGAAGGCAAAGGACGAAGGACCAAACAGGCCAACCCUCGCCAUAUCGUACCUAGCAAAGUGCAGAAGCAGGACUUCAAGAUCUUGUACGUCCCCCAGCCUGCUCUCUUCUGCCCGAAGUCAACCUUCGCAGGGCUGCCCUAUAGCCUCAAUGAGGUUUUGGGAUUACCCCAGACACCUCGCCAAGGGUUCAUCAGGGGAAAAGAGCAUCUGAAUGAUGGAAAGAAAUUCAGCCCUGACGACAUAGACACCCCCUUCCAGUGGUCAGCAUCUCCUAGAGAGAAAGAGGACAUGUUCUUUCCUCAUCUGCAUGAUUCCUCUUACAAAGCUGAGGCAGCUGAGAGGAAGAGGAGAGAAACUGCUCUCCAAAGCAGCCUCCGGCAGAUGCAAGAGCCUCUGGAUGAGCGAUACAUUAAAAACGCUGCUGUGCUCCCUGACCUUCGCCAGCCAACACCAGCAUCAGCACCAACAACACCCAUCCUGACUCCAGGGCCCAGCUGCAGCAGCAGUGUGCCACAGCCCCAGGAUGAGCCUUUGAGGAUCCAUGGUUGCAAUGUGGAAGACUUCAAGAGAAUUUACCACUCUGUGGUAGAUCCAAAGUUGACGACAAAGUCCGGCAACCCUCGUCCCUAUGGUCUUCAGAUGGGCAGAGUGAUCAAGCAGCGCAUGUGGGAGAUCUUCCACUGCCCGUCUUUCGUGGAGACCGAAGGUGCAGACGGCAGAGUCUGGGUAUCCGAGGCCUACUGCAGUCCCAGCCUGAAGCCUCAUGCGCCUCUCAUUGACGUGGACAUUAGCCAGGAGCCCAUACCCGGACAGACAAAGAGAAAGAGGGAGCCCAUGCCCGGACAGCCAAAGAGAAAGAGGGCCAGGCGAUGAAUUGAAAAAUCAUGAUUAAAAAAAAAAAAAAAAAAAAAUUUAGAAUGCAAAAUCAUGAUGAAUUUUAGGUUACCAUAUCAUCACGUCACAACAUAUUUAUGAGUUUGGGCCCUACUUUUUAGAUAAUAUAUUAAAUUAAAAUGAUCAUGGAAUUGUAGGCUACUAUUGAUAUACUAAAUUAUUUUUCAAAUAAAUGACUGAUUGCACUUUGUAUUUCAUUACUAAGUUUUCUUUUAUAUGAGAU